UCGUACUUUAGGUAGGUGAUGCCCAUGCAAGUCUCCCGCGCUUUUGCGACGACAUCCGACUUUGCGACGUGCAUGCAUCAUGCAGUACGACAAGCUCCUCCACCUUGCGCUCGUGCCCAGCAUCGUCUUCUUCCUGCUCUCCCUCGUCUCCGUGGCGCUCACCACGCACUACUGGAUCCUCGGCGACUGGAUAGUGCCCCGGGAUUUGCGCGUCACGACUGACCAGUUCAACGAGCGUACACAGAGCUUCAGAUACGACGAUACGAUUGUGUAUUAUGUGGAUAGAGAGACAGAUUCGACUGUUGCGGCGGGAUGUUUGUGUUUUGGCGCGGCGAUUGCCGGGAUGAUUGCUUGGUGCACGUUGCGGAAACCCGGCAUGGAUACGCAGCUGGCUUCAGGUAAACGCCGCUUCUGGGUCCUCGCCGUCAUCGUGAUGAGCACCGCCGGCGCAGCAGCAGCACUCGCUUCCUUAGUACUGCAUUACACAGAACAAGGCAGUGACGCAGAUGGCUGCAGUUCGCGCACUUGGGCAGUCAGUGGCGGCAAGACGAAUACCAACAAGUACUGCACGCGAGAAAUGGGUUCGUGCAAUUUGUUGCCCAUGCAUCUUAGAGGUGCGGAUCGGUACAACGCUUCUGUUGCAUGCAACGAGACUGUGGUGGUCAAAUGGAUACAACUCAUCCUCCUCUUGCUGGCGCUCAUCCAGCUCGCCAUGUUUUCAUUUCAAGCGCGCAUGCGACGGACGACAAGAGCCACUAGGAUGCUCGAACCUGUUCCAAAAGCCGGCUGAGGCUUCGCAAUCACAGCCGCGCAUCCUGAUUUCAUUCACGACUUUUACGAUUUACAUUUCUCGCGGCGUUUCGGGUUUUGUCUUCAUCACGCAUAUUGGCAUCGCAUCACCGGAGUUGGAUACCACAUUCAUUGAGCAUCGGCGAGCGAAGACGAGGCAUGUGGGAUAUGUAAAUAUGUUCCGAAUGAAAGACCCGCAAGCAA